AUGAAUAACUUCAAGCUUUCUAGAAGACUUCAAACUGAAUGGCAACUCAUAUUUGGUGGGGGCGAUACCCUUCAAGCUUCGCUGGACUCUCUCGAGGAGAGGCUGGACAAGGUCGAGGAAGACAGACCCAGUCAAGACAAAUCACAAUGGCCGUCAGCAUAUGUUAGCGUAUUUGAAGAAAUGAUAUCAACGGUAUUAAAGGACGAACCUUUUUUACUAAGUCCUCAGGAAAUUGACCUGCUACAAAACUUUAGCAUGCUGUCUUAUAACGCACGGUACUGCCUGGUGCGGCUCGUUCUGCGCAAAGCAGAUCAAUGGCACCCCCUCUCCGCCUUGACAAAUUACGAGAGAGAACUAGGUCCUGGUUCGGUGGAACAUGCAAUCUCGGAUUUGUGCCAACCUAUCGAACAAAUUAUGAAUCAAAAGUAUGAACCCAAGAUGGAGGAGACAGCGAAAACCGAGAUACCCCCUGAGAGGACAGCAGAUGGGCAUGAAAUCAUUGACCUUACUAUGUACAGCGACGAAGAGGACGUCAAACCGGUUGUUAUACCAUCGUCACCUGAAAUCUCGGAUGAGAGUAAUCCGCGCGAAGAAACAAGGGUUUCAAGAGAACUAACCCCCGAGGAACGUCUGCAUGCUCUUCUUCAACCUCCGGAAGAUGAAGGGAUUCUCGACCGCUUUUGCGAAGAUGAGUCCUGCAUGUCUACUAGUGAAGUUCUUGGAAGGCUUGCAAUUCCUCAACUGAAGGAGCUGGGUAAAAGGUUCAGGUGCAAAUUCAAACCGGGCAGCAAGAAAUCCGACAUGAUCUAUAUGCUUCAGUGUAGCGCAGCUACUCAAUCAAUCCUUCCUGACUACAGGGGGAAAGGGAAGACCAUUGACAAGCAUCUAAAACAAUCCCAACUCCCUUUUGUCAGAACUCGACCCAGGAAGAAGGGAAAAAUUACACAAGAGGAGCAUCUCAAGGGAAUGGCUUUGAAGGAGCUAGGCAAAUGUGUCCGUGUCAAACACGAAUUUUAUCGACUCGUCCGACGUCUACACAUCAUUUGUUACCGCGAAACCGAACACCCGACUGCCCUCUUACUUCCUGCGCUACUUACCAGAUUCAAGAAGAGAGACUAUACCGGAUACCAAUAUGCCCGCAGCAACAAUAUCUGGUCCUCAAGGGAUGAACUUCUUGAAUAUGAACGUGCUUUGGAGUUGAACAGCAUUUUGGACGAGCUUAUAGACGCUAUUGAAGACAAGUCUAGCCGCCGCAGUACAAAGGCACCUUCUGUCCGAGCGAAAGACAAGUUUAGCACUCCUAUCAACACUGCCUCGGGGGCACCCUGUACAACGCCUCUGAAGACACCUGGUAGCAUUUCGAACAUCAAAGCGUCCAAGACGCCCUUUGUAAAGAAAGAGGAAGAAUCGGAAGACGAAGAAGACGAGUCCAAAGGUGUGGAGGCAGAAGAAUCACCUCUUAGUAUGGUUAGCAAGGAGGAGCAAAUCAAAAAAUAUCUUGAUGAAUGGAUAUAUCCAGAAUGGCAAAACUGCAUCAAUAAGCGGCGUGCUGAAAUCGAUAACUUGAGACCACCGGGACUGGAACGAUUUGAGAGCGGCCAUGUUUUCACCCGCAUGCUGCACAAGGCCACUAAAGCACUAGGCCCUCUGAAAGAAUAUAAGCAGGAGCUUAAAAUCAUCAACGACUUGCUCAACCAGACAUUUUGGAGACGCGGAAAGCGCUCACAGUGGUAUGAACGACGAGCGAUCAUCUUGGGUCACCUUACACGUCAAGCUGGAACCAAGGAGGACAAACAAGAGCUCAUGAUAGAAACACUGGAAGGUGUCAAAGAGGCCCUCCAGGAUGAAGACACCACCUUGGUUUUCCGGCCUGGACUCGUCAAACGACUGUUAAGCCUCGAAAUCAAACUUGGGGUGCCACCGAGCGAACGGUCUCGUUCCGAAGGAAAACUCGAACCUGCUCCAGAGACGACGCUUUAUGCGACAAGGGUUUAUCCUCCACAGUUCGACAGACAAGGCUUGCAGAAAGAAAAUGCCCAAGGAGGAAUAUACGCUUACGUUGGGGUGAAGAGUAAUUCCACUAAUGACAGCAAACCUCCUGAGGCGCAACUCACGAAAAAGAAGUUGGGCCAGAAAUCCAGCUGGAAAGGAAGGAAUGGCGAGAUCGUCAAUGUCGAGCAACGCGCGCUAGAACAUUACGAGGAGCAGGGUUUCAAAGGUUUCCAUUGCGAGACCAGGAUCCUUACUACCAUAUUUGCCCUUCUUUUCUGGGAUAUCAUUUUCGCAGAUGUGCCAGGAGCAUUCGAAACAAUGUAUCAAGAAGCUCCUCUUGACAUGUUUGAAGAAACAUUCAAGGAUGCGAGAAAAGACCUCAUCGAUCGAAGGUUAGAUGAGAUAAGGAAUGGCAACUGGCGCGAUAUUGCGGAGAAGCACGACAAUGCUUACCGAGAGAAGAAAACGUGGUGCAUUGGCGUAAAUUGGGAUUUAUGUACCAGAGAAGAGCUUCUUGACAUUCUUGAGUGUUUUGGGGCGAACUCGUUGGCCACAAUAUGCCAACAUUUCUGCGAUGACUACAAAGGCAGAAGCAGUGGGGGUCCUGAUCUUUUCAUAUGGAAAGCACAGGAAGGGGAACACGGAGGCAUUUGCAAAUUUGUGGAGGUUAAAGGUCCUGGCGACUCUCCACAAGCAAAUCAGAAAGUCUGGUUUGACUGUCUCCAUCGUGCAAAGGUCGCUGUCGAAAUUUGCUGGGUCAAAGACGAGAGCCAGCCGCAAGUAGGGACAAAUGCUCAUUCAUCGAGGAAACGGAAGGCUCGGACAGCAAGUGCGAGUGUCGGACCUUCCAGGCGUAAGAAGCAAACCAAAGUUGAAAGCCAAUCGGAUGAGGAAGACUACGAUCUUUUGGACCCAGAGCCAGAAGAAGGUGCAGAUUUUUUAUCACCGCUUGCGCCAUCUGAGAUUUCACUUAAACGUCGGAGAGUUUCGCCUCGAAAAUACACGUUGGGACUACCACAAGGCUUGGAAAUGCUCCCAUUCUCGAACACAGUGACGGCUCAAUCAUUACAAGCCAUGUCUCCCUCUCGCUUACCGAAGGCCACAAAAGUAGAGAAUGCAUGA